AUGAUCAGUGGCAGGUACCACGAAGUGCUUGAACGGCUCGGAAAGGCGGAACCAUCAACAGUGGACGAGUGCAAAGCUGUAUUGGAGCGCAUUCGUGUCAACAAAGGCCACAUCGACGAGGAUUACCGACUGGAUUUAGAGAAGCUUUCCCACGGACAUCGCGACCGGACAUUGUAUGUUUUUGCAAAACAGCGCAAGCUUGAGGCAGCUUUCACCAAAAGCAUCUCCCAGCAGCUUUACUCGUCCAAGUAUCGUUUCUUGCACGAACUUGUUCAGAAUGCUGACGAUUCGCUGUACAACGAGGCGCACAGCGCAUCGGUACUACCCUUUCUCCGAUUCAAGAUCGCGCCAGAUGCUUUCAUUGUGGAAACAAAUGAAGAUGGCUUCAGACUAGCCAACGUUGAGGCAGUGUGUGCGACUGGGGAAAGCUCGAAGAAAUCGUCAGCUACCGACGAUCACAUCGGAGAGAAAGGCUUCGGAUUCAAGUCUGUAUUCUCCAUUGCAGAGGACGUGCACGUUCAAUCUGGACUCUGGUCAUUUCGGUUUCAACAUCGGCGCGGAGACGACGGUCUUGGUAUGGUGACGCCUCUGGACGCCGAGCCAGUCCCUCUCCCUGAGGAUGUGACUACAAGAAUAACUUUGCGCCUCGCGAGGGAUGCAACUGCAGAGUACCAGGGUCUACUCAAUGCUGUCGCAAGCAUGCCUGAUACAACACUCUUUUUCUUGCAGAGACUACGCAGGUUCCGUAUUCAUGUCACAGACCCAGACCUGGAUGACAAAGAAGUAACAACUACUUUCGAGAGAAUCGCACUUGAAUCUCCCCCAGGUCGCGUCCUUAUUAGGCGCCAGGAAGAGUUCAACGAUGAAAUCACGGUCGACGAAAGCUUGUAUCGUUGUUUCACUCACGUCGUCGAGAACAUGCCAGCACACGAAUACCGGGAGGGUCGCGGAUCAGCGCGCGUCGAGUUGGCCUUUCCAGUCGACUCCACAACACAGCAGCCAAAGCUUAGCGAAUCUGGACAUCAUGUUUUCGCUUAUUUACCAUUGCAACGUUUGCAACAGAUUCAGGACAACAUGCUGCAUGGCGGCAAACCGAUCUUGGAGGCCAUAUCGGGUGAUGUCGACCUUGCCCCUGAUUACAUUCCUGAAUACGUCUCUGAAGUUUUUUCCCUUGGGGCAUGGUCGAUCAAAGCCCCCGACGUUGGUGUCCAAAACAGACUGAGGAAACUGGCUAUAAUACCUCUGCAGAAUCGUCGGCAGUGGACAGGUGCACCAGGGCAAAGCAGCGGUGGGAGUUUGGAUCAUAUCUACUUCUCUGAUGUCGACGGCAUCAAUAUUCCCAGCUCUAUAGGAUUGAAUCUCCUCGAUACACACGCGUCUUCGAAUCCGACGCGCAAGGCCUUUUACACAGCACUCGGUGUCGAGGAGUGUUCGCAUGAGUUUGUCGUGGAUAGGAUCAAGCAGAUACAUGGCCGCGCCAACAAAGCUCCUGCUGAUAUACCGUCCCAUCUUCGAUACCUUUUCUGCGCGAACGAGGAAGCUUCGCUGCUCAAACAAUGGAUCUGGGUGCCGACAACAAGCGGGCAUGUGAGAGACUCUGCAACGUUAUACUUCCCGUCAGAAGAAGCCCAUCAUCUCUAUCAAGCUCUUGAUGAACUUCAUCCAUCGAGAUAUCAGGGAAUCUUGGAAUUUGUUGACAAGUCUCUAGUCGACUGGGAAGAAAACUCUGCGAGGGACCAGCGUGAUGCGUGGAAAAAGUGGUUGGAGCAGGCGACAGGUGCCCGAUACUAUCCGCCUCUCGUACACGAAAAUGCAAAGACGUCUUUGCCAGAGCUUUCCCCAGCUUUGAUGUUAGUCCACCUGUGGUCAGGUCACGAAUUUUUGGACAUGCUCAGAGAGCAUUGGCGCGAUUACCAAAAGGACAUUUCACGGAUCGAAGACCAGCUCAGGCACCUGGAAGUACCAUGCGCCGCCCAGGUUGAUGAGCCUGACCAAUUCGAACCUCUUCAAGAUACAUACCUACCUACGGUAGACGUCAUUGAUGAAAUGCUGAACCUUGAUCUAACCUUGGGCAAGUUUCGUAUACUCGAUAUACCUGGUUUUUGCCAACUGUCGGACAAUCUUGACAAAGAAGGCCGUGUAAAGUGGCGAUUUUUGGAAGAAUUUGGCGUACGUAGCGAGGUAGAUCUCGAGUUCUACGAGUGCGCUCUUCAGGGUAUCAGGUCAGUGGCUCAAGAUCCUGAUUUGGGAAUUCUGGAGAAGAUAUAUGCGGGCCUAGCGAAGUUCGCUACGGCAGACGAUCACGACGAUCUUUGCGAACUCUUCUCCCAGGAGCUGCUCUGGAUACCCAGUAGUAGAAGCUGGGUAGACAAAUCUUCAUGCGUCUGGCAGGGCCCAGCCUUUUUGCGAUACAAGAGCGUGUUGCACUCGCACUAUGGGCAUAUUCCUGCACUGUCUAGAUUUUUUCAAGGAACUCUAGAUGUACCAGAUGCUGUCCCCGAGGAUAUCUUGGAAGAGCUGAUCAAACGACGGCAAGCUACCGAUCUCACAACCACCCUUUCCGUUGCAGGAGACAUCUAUUCAUACAUCCGUGAUAAUACAGUCCGUGACGAGGAGUGGCAGAUACUGAGGACGCAGUUCCAGCAAAACGAUUUGAUUUUGGGCACGAAUAACACCUGGCACACCCUGGAGACGUGUGUGUGGCACAGCCGUUUCUUGCUUUCCGGAUACGAAGACCUUAGCUCCAUCUACCCACAAUUGGAAACCUUCUUCGUGAAGCAUCUCAAAGUCAAGAAAGUCACACCGACUAUGGUUAUCAAGGAGAUAUCGAAAAUGGUCAGGAACAAAUCGCCCGACUACGAUAGUAUCCGAAAGCGGCUCGUCGACGUCAGCAGGAUGCUGACUACUACCAAGCUGGAUAAGGCAACUAAAGAUGCGCUAUCCGAUCUUGCGGCAAGCAAGUUCCUGCCCAAAAGACUUGCCAAUGGCGGUACAGUCCUCCUUAGCCGUCACGAUGCCUACGCUAUCCGGGACCAUACUCGAUAUGGCAGCGCCUUUGAGGAGCAUGACAUCUUACUCGACUUCUCCGUUGAGGAGGUUCAAAUUAUGAACGUCAUGUUCACGCAUACCGGUAUCAAGAGGUAUUAUCUCUCGUCUUUAGUGGUCGAGAAGUCCACGGUCGAGGAAGAUAGUGAGGAAGACGAUGCCCUUACGCAACAACUGCAAGUGAAAGCGUACGCUCUAUAUUGCUGUGCUGCGAAGUACAAGAGUGUGAAAGCUCUCCAUGGAGAUCACUCACUUUUCGAGACUUUGUCAGCUGUUCGGAUCUCCAGAGGCGAUCUCGCGACCCACCUGGUCAUCGACAACAAAGACCCAGACCUUCAUCUUAGUGUUCGAAGCGAGCGAUCAUUCAUACACCAUGAGAGAACGGCAGACGGUCUAAAAAUCUACGUACCCAAAGGCCCGAAGCAACGUCAAUCUUCCUAUCGAUCACAGCUUCCGAAACUGCUUGCAGACAUCAUGGAAGUCGACGACAGCGCACGUCAUGACAUCUCUGUCAUCAUUGGUAGCGACCUCCGAGCUUUAGACGACAUCCUGAUCGAGCUCGAUAUAUCGUGCGUGUCGUGGAUCACAAAGCCAGUCUUGGAUCUACCGGACGAUGAAGAUGAGGAUGGGGAUGAGGAUGAAGAUGAUUCAUCGUCGCCGUUUGAGCCGCGACACGUGCACAAUGCUGAAAAUACAAGCACGCGAAGACGCUCUUCUCUAGUCUCAGCAAAUGGGUCUGUGAACUCAUCCGAGUCAACCUUCGUCGAAGAUGUGACAGCUAGCUCCAGACAUGCGGCCUACAGUCCCAAAGCAAGUCGCAGCUUAGAUCAGGAGCGUAUUAACCGCCUUCAUGGGGCUCUUGGUGAAGCAUUUGUUUUUGAAACGCUCGCCGCUCUCAAUUUGACCGAUUUCACGCUCGACAAUUGGCGCAGUACGAUUCGCGGAGAGCUCUCACGCCAUCCGAGAUACGCCGGCAUUGCCAACUGGCAAGGUCGUGAAACAGCGGAUAUCGUCUACACAGAUCGCGAUGGUACGCUGACGCAAUGGUUGAAGGGGAGAUGCACAGGUGGCUAUCCUGCUAGUAGUACUGAGCGUGACUUCGCGAAGCACCCGAUCGAAUACUACCUCGAAGUCAAGAGCACAACAAGUGCUUGUGAGACGAGGUUCUUCCUGAGUGCGGGACAGUACAAACUCAUGCAUGAAAUGGCUGUUCAAAGAGACCAGGAGGCAACCAGAAUGUAUGUCAUUAUGCGAGUGUCUUAUCUUUCGUCGGACGACAAAGGAUUGAAGAUCUACGUUGAUCCUGUGCGACUGAAAGGCACAUAUGUUGAUUUCGAAGCGGAAGGUUGGGUUGGACAGACUUUAUGA